GAGAGAGCGACAGAAAGAGAGAGAGAGAGAGCGACAGAAAGAGAGAGAGAGAGAGAGAGAGAGAGAGAGAGAGAGAGACGCUUCAUAAGGAGUGCAAGAGCUCUAAAUUGGACAUGAAUGCAGCACUAAUCCAUGACAAAUUAUUUAUCAAGUCAUUCUGGGAGAAAAGAAUUUCAAAUCACACCCAGAUGACAGACGGUGAGGAAAUAAGGAUGAAGAACAGUGCUCUGUCAAAGCUCCGUGAUGAAUGGAUAAUAAGACUUGAAAGUCGAACAAAACAUAUCAAGAACUUGAAUGACAGAAAUGCCAUAAUGUCAAGAGAGGUCAAGCAAACUGAUCAGGCCUGAGGUUUCACAUAUGUAUAAUCUGUGUUUUCUUUUGUCAUUUGGAUUCUAAAGCAAUA